AUGUUUUUUAUACAAUUGAAGUUAAGGAGAGGGAGAUUAAGUAAGGCGCAACACAUACACACACAAAAAACACCAAACAACGGCAUGCAUAUUUCUUAUUCAGUACCAGUUUUUACAAGACUUACAAUGAACACCAUAAUCAUAAAAAAAAUUGAUAAAAUUAUAAAAAGAACUACGAUGGAAUUAAAGAGAAUCUCGAUAAAAGAAUUUAGACAACUAUCAAAGUUUGAAAAUAUUCAGGAUUACUCUUCAGAUAUCUCAUUUUUAGGCAAGCACAGCAAAGCAAGGCAAAGUAAAGCAACAAAAGCUAUUCAGUUAUCGGAUAAAAACCAUUCGUUCAUCUAA